UGAUCACUGAUCAGCUGAUAGCAGGGAGCGCGGCGCUGUUACUCAAUAUGGUCGCUCGCAGAAUCACUCUUCCGCGAUAUCAAUGGUUUAUUACGCAUCUUUAUUCUCUAAUUAAUCAAUCCCAGUUUGCGUAUACACGACCGACAUAUGUUCUUCAAGAAUAUACAGCACUUAAUUUGCGCAGAGUUGACAAAUAAGUUUGCAAGGAGCAUCGAUAUUAAGUACAUACAGUGUGAGCGACGUUUGUUAGGUUAGAUUACAUAUUUGUAUACCGAGUAAAUCGGGAUGAAUUGUUUCUACAAAAGCGUUUCGCAGACAAGAAGCCUACACACUAACUGCACGCUAUUGAAAGAGACGCCAUGGAACUUGAAGGGCAAGAAACACAGUUCGCAAUUAUGGUUAAUGAGGCAAAUACGUGAUCCUUAUGUGGAGAAGGCGAAGCAGGAAAACUACAGAUGUAGAAGUGCCUUCAAGCUUCUGCAAAUCAACGAUAAAUACAAAAUUCUCAGCCCAGGUCUGACUGUGAUAGAUUGCGGAGCGGCACCUGGUAGCUGGACGCAAAUUGCCACCAAUCUGACCAAUGCACACGCUAAAAAUGAGGGUCCUGUUGGCAAAGUAUACGCUAUUGAUAAACUACCGUUUUAUCCUGUGGAAGGUGCAACUGUUUUGGGAAAUAUGGAUUUUACAAAGGCAAAGACUCAGGAAACUUUGCAUAAAUUAUUGCAAGGUAAUAAGGCCGAUGUUAUUUUAUCCGACAUGGCUCCAAAUGCAUCCGGUAUAAGAGAGAUAGAUCACAAUAAUAUAAUAUUAUUAGCGUACGCGGCUUUGAAAUUUGCAUUGCAAAUUACUAAAGUGCACGGUGCGCUUGUUAUAAAAGUUUGGGACGGCGGUAAGUCGCAAGAGUUGGAGCAGAAUCUAUUGAAAUUUUACAAUAACGUUAAAGUGGUCAAGCCUGACGCAACGAGAGAUGAAUCGACGGAAAAAUUCUUCUUGGCUAGAGGAUUUAAAGGUCUCAAGACUAGUUGAUUUUUAUUAGAAUCCAUAGGUAUAUAUUAAUUCUCUAUUGUAGGACACGAUGAUGUGCGGAUAGGUUGUAUAAAUAAAAGUAUACAAUAAUUUUGAUAUCAUA